CAUCUACAUGGCACGACGCACGCCAUUGGCGGUGCUCCGUCGUGUCGUUCGCGCCGACUUUGUGCCACAACACUACCCCUCGAACAUAGCGCGCAUGUUCGACUGGACACCGGACGAGUGCAUCCCCGA